AUGGUAUUUCUUGCGUCGAUUGAUACCCCUUCUCCAAAAGCUUCAAAAAGCAAAAUGCCGUCCAGCGCGUCUUUCCCACCACCAAAGGACUUUCUGUCCUACCCAGACGUCGAGGAGAUUGUCUCGCCCAAGUAUGAGCCUCGCAAGGACGCCAAUCCCGUGCUCUCGGGUCUGCCCCUCGUCAUCGCCUCUAGCCUCAUAACCCACUCCUCCUUCUUGGCCAAAAUAUUCUACAAUAAUGCAGGCCUGCAAAAGAUCAAGGAUCUGCCGUUUCUCGAUAAUGUUCCAUACACUUUUCAUCCUCUUGUCGUUCCCCUCGGCCACAAUGGCCCCAUGGUCGAGCUGAGCGAAGCGCAGCUCAACCCCAAAAACAGAGGCGAAACGCAUCACUACACCGCCAGCGACUACCAUGCCAUGUACAAAUCGGGCCACGUCACCCCCUUGCAAGUCGCCGAGACUCUUCUGUCCCUCACCAGCAAAUACGCAAAGGAGUCCUCCGUGUACCAGGAUGCGUGGGCCGACUCCCACGGGGCUGACCAGCUCGCUCUCGACGCGGCCAAGGCGUCUACGCAGCGAUGGGCCGCAGGUAAGCCCCUCGGCAUAUUGGACGGUGUUCCGAUCGGUGUCAAGGAUGACCUCUCGGUUCAAGGCUACAUUGACCACGAUGGAAUGGCGUACCAGAAAGGCGUUCCUUUCUUCAAGCCAGCGGAAGCGACUGUAUGGCCUGUGCAGGCACUUCAAGCUGCCGGCGCUGUCGUCAUUGGAAAGAACAGGAUGCAUGAGCUAGGAUCAGACACCAACGGCCUCAACCCACACCAGGGAACCCCCACGAACCAUCUUAAUGACCAGUACUACCCCGGUGGCUCAUCAUCCGGCGCCGGCUCUUCUCUUGGCGCUGGGGUCAUACCGAUCGCUGUAGGCACAGACGCCGGUGGCAGCGUGCGUUUUCCAGCUGUUUAUAACGGCGUAUACGGCUUAAAGCCAUCUCACCACCGCACCUCGGAGAUGAACAGCACCAUGUGCGUUACCGGCCCCAUGGCUGCCAACGUGGCUGACUUGACCAUUGCCUACCGCAUCAUGUCGCAGCCCGACCCCAAGGCGUCCAUCCAAAGCAAGUUUGCGGUAUCUCAGCCGCCGGCCGCCGGCAGCACAAAGUACAUUGGCGUCGAUCGCGCCUGGUGGGGUGCUUCGGACCCUCGCGUCGUUGACGCUUGCGACAAGGCGCUCGACCACUUUAUAUCACGGGGCUAUGAGCUUGUCGACAUUACCAUUCCCUACAUCGACGAGGCGCAGACCGCGCACGGAGGCGUUACGAUUGCCGAGAUGACAGAGGCCGCUCGCCGCCGAGGCGGCGACAAUACGAGCUGGACAGGCCUCAUUGGCCCCGUCAACAAGCUGGUUCUGGCUCUAGGACUCGAGACCAAUGCCGCAGAUCUUCUCAAGUUCAACUCCAUGCGCACGCUCAUCAUGCGCCACAUGGCCUGGCUAUUCCAGAAGUACCCGGGGCUGCUCAUUCUGACGCCCACCGCUCCAUUCCUAGGCUGGGAGAAGAAGGCCGCGCAUGCCAAGUACGGUGUCAGUGACGGCGACAAGACGUUCCUCAGCAUGAUCUACGUGUUCCUCGCCAACAUUGCCGGUCUUCCGGCACUGACAGCGCCCAUCUCCUACGCUGAUCCUGACCAGGGCGAGGGCAAGGUGUGCAUCGGCAUGAUGGCGACGGGUGAAUGGGGCGCCGAGGAGGCUCUGCUGGCUUGGGCAGCGGAUGCCGAGACGUAUCUGCACGAAGUCUACCCCGAAGGACGCAGAAGACCGAAGACCUGGGUUGACGUGCUGGACCUGGCCGCGAAGCAGAGCACAGCGUAG